ACGUUUCUCUCUCCUCCGACGGCGUUUUCCAAGUCUUCUGUCAGUCUUACGCGACUCUCUCUCCCUCUCUCCUCCAUUAUUUCGUCUCCAACUGGGUCCCCCUUCUCGUCCUCUGGAUCUAGUCAUAUUCUCGAAAUUUUCUCACAAAUUUACAGCUUCCACAGAAAAUCACUUCGAACACUUCGCUGUUUGUGAAUUGUCAGAUAAAUUUGGAGACAGUGUCAGGGUUUGUGAAGUUAUGGAUAAUCCGAUUACUGCUAAGACUUCUCGGAGUUGCGGAGGCGGAAUUGAGGGUGUUCGCCCACCUGUGCUUGCUCCGCCGUCGUCAAUUUCGUUGCCAAGUAUGGACAAUUCGUGCUCAACUUGGGAUAUUUUGAAGUCUUUUGCUCCGGAUUUUAAUAUUGAUUUGUCUUCUGCAAGAGAGUACAGUUCUUCUGACGAUGAUGGAGAAGAGAUAGUUUCGCUAAAUGAUAGAUUUAGUCCCACUGGGGACUGGGUAAAGGGUCAGCUUCUGGGCCGUGGGUCGUUUGGAUCCGUGUACGAAGGCAUUGCUGAUGGAGGUUUCUUUAUGGCUGUGAAGGAAGUUUCUUUGCUUGAAGGAGACCAGGGAAGGCAAAGUAUUUCCCAACUUGAACAGGAGAUUGCUCUUCUUAGUCACUUUGAGCAUGAGAACAUAGUUCGAUAUUAUGGCACAGAUAAGGAUGAAUCAAAUCUGUAUAUCUUUGUCGAGCUGGUAACCAAAGGUUCCCUUUUAAGUCUCUAUCAGAAGUAUAAUCUUCAAGAUUCUAUAGUCUCCUCGUACACAAGGCAGAUUUUGCAUGGUUUGAAGUAUCUUCAUGAGCGAAAUGUGGUUCACAGGGACAUAAAAUGUGCUAAUAUAUUGGUGCAUGCUAAUGGAUCUGUUAAACUCGCAGAUUUUGGAUUGGCAAAGGCGACUGAAUUAAAUGAUAUCAAAUCUUGCAGUCCACAUUGGAUGGCACCUGAGGUUGUUAAACGGAACGACCAAGGGUACGGGCUUCCAGCAGAUAUAUGGAGCCUUGUGUCACGGCCUUAGACUUCGCAAGCCAACCGUGCGGCCUUAGAUGCUUUUCAACCCUCUUGGUUGCACCUAAGUCAGCCUUACCCACUCAACCACACUAACACACACAAAGUUUAGGUGGAAGAAUGCCUUCACUAUACAAGUUAACUUUACAAGUAUAGUCGUGUACAAAGCUUACAAGGCUCUCACACUCACACUCACACUCACACUCACACUCACAAGUGCUUCACUCUUAGAGCUCUCUUGGAUCUCCAGGUCUUUAGGUGCCUAGCAAAUGAGACCCCUCACCCUUAUAUAGCCAUCCCCCUCCUCCAUGGAUGGCUAGGAUCAUUUUGAUUCAAGGGCUACAAACUCUCAUCUAGAACAAUUACCCUUCCUACUACAUUCUACAACUCUCUAUACUAGUGUAGUACAUGGUAGGCUUCUCCAGGAUAUUCUAGGAUGUUCCAGACCCAUCCAGACUCCUCUGGACACUCCAAGGUUCUUCCACAUUCCGGAAUCUUCCAGGCCACUCCAGACCCUUCCACCACGUUCUAGAGUCUUCCAGCAUACUCUAGCCCGUUCUCACACCUUCCGGAACCUUCCAGCGCAUUUGGCCACUUCAAAUGUUGCUUCUCGUGUCACAGAAAUUCUCGGGGCGUGACACUUGGGUGCACUGUCUUAGAGAUGUUGACCCGUUAGAUUCCAUAUGCUUAUUUAGAAUCUGUACGUAACACAUUUGUUAUAAUUUCUUCUAAAAAGCUCUUCCAUGCCUUUGCUUUAUGGAGAAAUCUGCACAACUUUGAUAUUGUGUAUUAGAGUAGAUUUUUUUGUUAUGCCACAUUUCAUUUCAUUUUGGUUUGUAUUAUUCUUUGCCUGACUAGAACUGAAGGCUUCUAGGUCAUUCUGCAUGGACUAAAUUCUUAAAAGAAGCUAGCCUGAACUAGGUUCCUCUGAAUUUUGAUGUUUCAUUCAUUAACUGAAAAUUUAUAUGACCUGAUUUAUUCUUGUGGUUCUAUGUCGGAUUCAUGUUUAGUAGUUUGCGAUGUUCACUUGGUGAGAUCUGGUACUUUCAACAGAACUCAGCUUCUUUUACUUGAUUAUAUCUAAUCUUUGUGAUACAGUUUGGUGGAUAUGAACAGUGUGAAUAUAAACCAGUACUUUAUAAACAAUAACUACUUUUCUUUCUUUUUGUCUUUUUGUAUUUUGGGGAAAAAGAAGAUAAAGGCUCUGUUUGGUAAAAUUUAAAUAAGGUGAUUUUAUCUUUAAUAAUAAAUUAAAAAAACUACCCUAAAAAACAUAUCUAAAGCCCAACUUUAAAAAGUUAGUUUUUUGAGCUUUUUAAGUUGAAAAUGCAAAUAAGUUGAUAAUCUGGAAAGUGAAACCAAACACCCUAUCAUUUUGAAGUACAACUGCUUUAGUAUGUUCUAAGAAGCAUGGACACUUUGUAUAGAGGGAGCGUUAUCACGUUGGACAUUGACAGUUUAUAGACACUCCUAAAAGAGUGUACGACACUUCUUCAAUGUGUCUUAUUAAAGUUUUAAAUUUAUAAUAUCGGGCAUACAAAUAAUUUGUAGACACUUUGUGAACCUUUUGAACAUGAUCUAUGUGAUAAAUCUCUUCAUAAUAACAAUUUUAUGCAUUCUUCAAAAUGCAACUUGUGCACUCUAAAUUUAUUUUGAAACAUUUAUAUGAUGAAUAUAUCAUGUGUAUUUCAAUGUUUUACAAUUAUUUUACAUUAUAUGCAAAUUGUUACGUGAAUAAUACCUUGAUGUUUAAGUCCUGAAGUUAGAAUAUAUGACCUUUUUUUUUAAUUUUAAUUAGUAUUAUCUAUUACGUUAUUUUUUUCAUUACCUUUGAAUAAAUUAUUCUGACAUAAUUAAUUUAUAGAAAUAUAAAAUUUUAAUGUGUCCUAGGCAUAUCGUGUCCUGUAUUUUUUGAAUAUUACUGUGUCGACUUGUCCUUGUGUUAUGUGUAUGUCUGUGCUACUUAGCUUAGGAUACAAUGAUAAAAGAAGACUAUGAAGAUUUAUAAAAACUGCUAUGUUGCAUUUUUAAAAUAAAAAUAAAAUUAUCUUUGAAUGAUAUAUUCAUAUAUAUGUCAUAUGAUAAAUAUAUAUAAAAACAACGCCUAAUUAAUACACAUUAAUGUGUGUUUGAGAGAGAAAGAUUGAGUACACACCUACCUUUGGCAUAGUGCACAAUGUGUGUUCCCCAUGUGUUGUGUGUGUUUUUUUUUUUUUGUUGAAAAUUUUGUUGUUGUGUCACUUCUCCAUGUCUGCUUCUUAGGAAAUCAAUAUUGUUUGAUGUUCCUAAUAGGCAUCCAAAACAACUUAUAUUUUUAUAUGUUUUGUAGUGUGUCAGUGUGUUUCGGUGGAAACAUUAAAAUUUCAGUAUUAUGCUAAUGUUUUCAGUUGGUUUGGAUGGAAAUGACACAAAGUUUGUUUCUUGUAGACAUUUUAUUUUUUUUAUUAUUAUUUUUAUUUUUAUUGUGAAGGCCAAAAAUACUCCGUGUAUAAUUUGUGAUCCACUAAUGAUAACAUAUGAGAGCAGGGGAUGAGGAAUUAGAUGCUAUGUGGUUAAUUGACUUGCUCAAUGGAUUAUUCAUUGAGAAUUUAUUAGUGUGCUUUUUUACAUCUGCUGUUUCUAGCUGUUCUUUCCUCACAUAACCAAUGUUUACUUGACCAAAAUCAUUGUGGUCACAUGACAGCUAUAUUGGUUUGGUAUAUUAUAUCAUACUCCAUUAGUUAUUCCAGGAAAUCGCAACAUUACAGCGAUUUUUAUUUGUUAUUUUAAUAUGUUUACUCUGUGAUUAAGCAGAUCCAGGCAUUGUUCCAGAUUGGAAGGGGUGUGCCACCACCUGUUCCUGAUUCUCUUUCUAGCGAUGCACGGGAUUUCAUCCUUAGAUGCCUACAAGUUAACCCUAAUGAUCGUCCCACUGCUGCUGAUCUCUUGGAUCAUCCAUAUGUUAGGAGGCCACUUCCAUCUUCCUCAGGCUCAUCAUCUCCAUACAAUUUUGGUUGAUGGGUUUAAUAGCUCGCAUGAACUAUAAAGUGUUGAAGAUAAUGGAGCUCCGUCCAUCACUAUCUAUUUGCAACAGAGAAGCCCAGGUCACGUUACUGAUCCAAAGGAUUGCAGUUAUUUUAUUUUUCACACAGAUAAUAACAUGUCUGGCUUGUAGAAAGUUUGAGAGGCUUCAUGCACCAUCUGGAAUCCGCCAGUGACAGUUAUUGUCUAGUUGUUUUCGUAGAUUAGGUCUCAUUUAAAUAUUAUGCAUAGUGGUCAUUUAAACAGGACAAAAUGAUAGUGCACUUCUGAUAUUUGUCUCUGAACAUGUCUUUGCUUUGUGUGUUGCUUUGCUUCGCUUCAUGUUCUAUGAAUCAUGGUUCUCAUGAUGAUUUCUUCAUGUACAGCUUGAAUAAUAUUGGGAAAGAAUUUCCAUAUAAAGAGGACCAGGAGCAUAAAUAUCCUCGUUUAAUCUUGAUUAUGACA